AUGUCAUGCUAACCACUUAUUUGAAGGGCAGUAACCGCAAGUAGAACAAACUUGUACCUCCAUUUACUGUAUGACCCGCUUACUUUCGGUACAUCCUCCUAUAACUUUCUGUUUAUGCAACAUAUUUUCUUCAUUUCUUUAGAAGUCACACAUACUAUGUGAAGAAACCAAGAAAAAAAAUGUUCACUCUUGGAAUAAUUUUUCUCCUCUGUCCAGCUCAUCUUGUCAAAUCACAAACAGAUAUCCAGAAAUCUGAGAGUCUGCUACUUGUUAAAGAAGGAGAUAGUGUUAUAAUUACUUGCAUUUAUGAAAGUGAUAUGGCCAUGCACUUCUCAUGGUACAAACACAGACAUGGUCAGAAGCCUAGACUCAUCUCCAAUUUCUAUAAAUACGACACAAAGGCCACAUUUCAUCACGAGUUCAAGGCUGACACACGUUUCAGCAUGGUGAACGAAAAAGGCAUAACUCAUCUGGAAAUAAAAGAUUUAAGGAUCUCAGACUCGGCCACAUAUUACUGUGGAAGUGCUCAUUCCAAUAUAGUGGAAUUCGGCGAAGGAACUCAGCUGAUAGUACGAGCUACACAGCUUUCUGUGCUCCAGGGGUCUGUGCCUGAUCCGACUCAUCCCGGGGCCUCUGUGACUCUGCAGUGUACGGUCAUCACUGAUAGCUGUGCAGAAAAUUACAGUGUGUACUGGUUUAGACAGAACUCAAAAGAAUCUCAUUCUGGAAUCAUUUAUUCUUAUGGAGACAGCAAUGCUUUGUGUAACAAGAAUCCUGUAGCUGGUUCUUCUACAAAAACCUGCAUUUACAAUCUGCCCAAGAUGAAUCUUAGUCUCUCCAACGCUGGAACAUAUUACUGUGCUGUAGUUGCAUGUGGAGAGAUAGUGUUUGGGAAUGGAACCAAGCUCGAUAUGAAUAUUACAGGUCCGGGCUGCUCUGAACACAUUCACUUCUUGGUGCUUUUUUCAAUCAUAAGAUUUUGCGCUCUUUUGUUUUGUAUCGUUGUAGUUACAAUACUCUUUUGCAGGAGCAAAAAAGCUAAAUACUCUGUUAAACUAGAAAAAAAAAAAUCUUGUUUAGAUAGAAAAAGAAAUGAUCUGAUUUAUUAUUAAGUGAAUUUUUUUUUUUAAAAACAAACAUGUUUAUAAACUAUUUGUAAUGUCCAUUUGCAUUUGCUAUUUUCAAUACAGUGUUAAGAAAACUGUAUUUUUCAAAAUUAAAUGAAUAUAACUACUGCUGUAAACGUGGAUAUGCAAUCUGUUUUAAGACUCUGGUAAUGCGGCAUAACACAAGCACAUAUAAUACGAUAAAAUAUAUUUUGUUUUAUUCAUCUUUUUGUUUCUUUUUUGUUCAUAAAUAGAUUUUUAACAAAUUAUUCUGUAAUGUGUUGUGUGAUUUACAGCUUUGCUUUGUCUAACAUUGAUUAAACAAAAAAGAUCUAAGAAAUGUAAUGAAAUAUUCAUGUUUUUUUUUUUAUUCCUCCUGAAGCUAAAGUUUAGCGCUUCAGAGAUUGGUUAUUGUAUGUUUUCAUUUCAAACCUUGUAUUCUUGUUUAUGUAUUUAAUUUUAAUAAAUGUGUGUUAUGUUAAUACACUUAUGCAU